AUGAAGUUCAUCCUGGCUACUACUUUCUUCUGCUGGCUCGCCAGUGCUGCCCCAGCUGCCUACCCAGAGAUCGUUCCCGUUGAUAUCCGCGAUCUUGACGCCCGCCAAGAUUCUGGAAUAACUCGUAACGAACUCCAGAAUGGCAGUGGUCAAUGUCCUCCUGUUAUCUUUAUCUUUGCUCGUGGUUCAACUGAGUCCGGUAACAUGGGAUCACUUGGACCACUUGUCGCCAGCAACCUAGAAAGUCGCUUCGGUGCCAACAAUGUCUGGGUCCAAGGCGUUGGAGGACCUUAUACCGCAAGCCUGGCUGAUAAUUUCUUACCCGCCGGAACAAGCGCCGCUGCCAUUCGAGAGAUGACUCGUCUUUUCAACCUGGCAAACUCCAAAUGCCCCAAUGCCAACGUAGUUGCCGGGGGCUACAGUCAAGGUGCUGCCCUUACCGCUGCUUCCAUCAGCGGGCUCAGUACUACUGUUCGGAACCAAGUUGUCGGUACGGUUCUCUUCGGGUACACCAAAAAUCAGCAAAAUGGUGGCAAGAUUCCCAACUAUCCGUCCGACAGACUCAAGGUUUUCUGCAAUCCCGGCGAUUUGGUUUGCGUUGGCACGCUCACAAUCACACCUGCGCAUCUUGCGUACGGCCCAGCCGCGUCGAGUACCGCUCCUCAAUUCUUGAUUAGCAAGGUCACCACGGCUUAA